AAUUAUAUAAAUGACCAUGCUUAAUCUGUUGAAAGCAAACCAUAUUACUAUUUCUCAAUAGAAUUAUUAAAACGUUUAAUACUUAGUAAAAUAAAAAUACAGAAUGUCUCAUAAAAAUCAAUAAUAAAAAGAAAAAAUAUAUAAAUUUUCAUCAUAUGUUUUGAUACAAAAAUUAAUGCAAAAAUAUUUAAUUAUUGUUCUCCUGAGACAAUCAAUGCGAGAUAAUUAAUAUUUAAAUGCAAUUAUAAUCCAAUGGGUUUUGAAUUACUUCGUUUCGAGAUAUUGGUUGAGCCGAAGAAUUACUAUCGAAAUGGCGAUAGAGUUAACUCGAUGUUAAUCAUUGAAUUAGUGGGACAUUUGAAAUGCAAACACAUUUUAAUGACAGCAAUCGGCGUAAUCGCGUGUUUGCCAUCAUUUAAGGUGAAAUACGGAGGCGUUUGCUAUUAUGUUGAGGCGAUUAUUGAUAGCCAACUCUUAUACGACAAGAAUUCAAAUGCGAAACAGGAAUUCAUUGUUAAAACCCAUUCAAACGUGUGUCCGUCUCGUAUCGAUUGCAGAUCUGUGGCCUCCGUACAGGAAAAGUUAUUCCGUAUGUUUGGUAUAAAAACAGGUGCCGUUCGACUCUCAGCACAUCUCGAUAGAAAUGUGUAUUGUUGCGGCGAAGUAAUUUCCAUACACUAUCACUUGGAUAACCGGUCGUCAAAUACCAUAUGCUUUUUGCCACAACUGGUGCGGCGGACGGUGUUUAAGAUGGAAGACAUGUUUCGCGAUAUUAAUGAACGCAUUGACACCAAUGACGGCGACAAAUGUACUCCAAAUUGCUCCCAAUCAGACAUUGUGUGCAUACCUAUUUAUAAGGGAUUUGAGGACUCAGGCGCCGAGAAUCACUCACUUCAUGUCAAUUCCGGCUAAUUUAAGAAAUUUAGUUAGAAGUGAUGUGUUGGAGACCGGACUCUAUAGGAUUCCCUUUAGUUUUAAUCUACAAAACGCGUGUUUGCCGUCAUUUAAUGUGAAAUACAGUGGCGUUUGCUAUUAUAUUGAGGCGAUUAUUGAUAGCCAACUCUUUUACGCCACGAAUUCAGUAGCAAAACAGGAAUUCAAUGUUAAAACCCAUUCAAACGUGUGUCCGUCUCGUAUCGAUUCCAGACCUGUGGCCUCCGUACAGGAAAAGUUGUUCCGUAUGCUUGGUGUAAAAACAGGUGCCGUUCGACUGUCUGCCCACCUAGAUAGAAAUGUUUAUUGUUGCGGCGAAGUAAUUUCAAUACACUAUCACUUGGAUAACCGGUCGUUGAAUAAGAUAUGCUUUUUGCCACAACUCGUGCGGCGGACAGUGUUUAAGAUGGAGGAUAUGUUUCGCGAUUUCAAUGAACUCAUU